AUGACAGGUGGAAAUCAGAGAGAUUUAGCUCGUAUGAAAAAUCAGAAAAAACAGCAAGAAAUGCAGAAAAAAAAGACAGCUAGCGAAAAGACUGGCUUGUCUCUUUCUGAAAGAAAACAUAGGGAUGCAGAAUUAAUGAGAGAAAAACAAAGAAGAAAGGAAGAACAGCAGGCUCCAAAGCAGCCUGUUAAUUAAUAAUGAAACUGAUCAUCGACUGCCUGACUUUAUGAACAAUAAGUUUGUUACAAUUCAGUUAUUUUGCUGGAAGAUAAUUAGAUGGAAACCUGAUAGAGAUUUGCAUGUAAAUUGCAAGUUCACCUGUUGCCUGAUAUACCCAAUUUAUAUAUAGAAUUUUUCUGUUGUUAAAUGUUUGUGUAAGGUUAUAUUAUAUAUAUAAUAAGCUCUGGUUCAUCGAUCUGAAUUUGUAUUAUAAAUAAAAUAAUACCAACGUAACUUCAAAUAUCUUUAGCAUUUAUGAGGUCUUAAUAUGACUGAAUAGAUUAAAUGUAUGUAUACUAUCUAACUACCCAAUUUUACAAAAGAAUAAAGUGUAAAAAGUAA